AUGCCCCGCAGAAAGAUGCCUGAUGCGAAGGACCGCCGGAAGCGCCAGAAUGCCGACGCUCAGCGGGCAUACCGCGCGAGGCAGAAGACUAAGGUUCGGCAUCUGGAGCAGAUGGUCGCCGCUGCGUGGGUAACGCAAGAACCAGCAGCGCAAGACUGCGUUAAGGAGGUUUCGGUUUGCCCUCCUACUCGUUAUACGGUAGCCGAGCCAUCAAACGACAAGAUGGAGGCAUAUACCGCUUCAUGCAAUCUUACAGCUUCGGAUAUUUACCGGGCGUUACUAUCCCUCUCAGCGCAUGAAAAUAAGAAAGGUUGGGGCAUCAUGGUGAGGGAGAACUUUACACUUCGUGACGUUGUCAAGUACGGGUUGAUAAACAUGGGAUACUCCAUGGAUUCGGUACUGUACGAGAGUGCCUUGUCACUGUCAUCGCGUGAGUGGAUCGCAGCCGUGAAAGCGCGGUGCGUUAGUGUCGAUAUGCGGCAGGUCGUCGUUGCUGGCCUUACGAUACUGGCGCAUCUUACGGCACCGACCGACCAGCCGGCGCUCGAAUGGCUCCAGCCAACUCAUCCCAGACCCCCCAGAAAUGUCAUUCAUCUAAGUCCGAUGUCGUACGCGUCGGCAAUGCGUGCGAUAGCAGCUCAGCUCAGUAUAACGACAGAGUAUUUGAUGGACGAGAACGCGCAGUCGCUGUUCUGCAGCACUGCACAUAGCAGCCUGAGCGGGUACGACAACGACUCGAGCGACGAUGACGCGGCUCUUGAAAAGAUCACCCCGGAUCUGAGGCCGACUUUCAUCCAGCGGUCUCGGGCUCAUCAUCCUUGCUUCGACUUGAUGCCUUGGCCAUCUUUCCGAUCCAACGCCAUCGUACUCGCUUCCGGGGCCUCACCCCAGAUAGAUGAGGAUGACCUCUGUAUCGACAUGCUGGGCGGGGGAGUUCAAUGCUGGGGCUCCGCAAUGGGCUCCAUGCAUGGACGUGGAAACGGUGUGCCGUGGGAUGGCCGCAGCUGGGAAGCAAUGCCAUGGUUCCUGGAGAAAUGGAAAGGAGUUAUAGGGGAUGAUAAAGACGGCAUGAUACAGACUAGUGCUUGGUGGAGGAGUUUGCGGGGUUGCUAA